UGAAGACUUCCUUCUGUCUGGGGGAGCAUCCCUGACUGCCCCCAGGCCUCCUCGGAGGACUGGGGUGAGGAAGUGGGCAGCGUGAGUGCAAUAUUCAGACCGCUGGUGCCCAGGACAGCACAGCGGUGGCCUCCACCUCCUGGACACCUGGACGGUAUGGAAGGAGUGCCCUUCCCCGCUUGGAAGUGCAGCCUAAGGGCAGUUUUCUCCACAGGGACCAGAGGCAGAUUCAGGGCAGCGCCCGUGGGUUCCAGUCCCAGGGAGGAAGGCGUGGCCCUGGCCAUACCCCCACUGAGGCCAAGCAAGAAGUCCCACCUGUUUGUGAGUUACAGCGGCGUGGACGCCACGUGGACCCACGGGCUCUUCGGUUCCUUGGAGGCAGACCACGCGGGGCUGAGGGUCUGCCUGAACGAGCGGGACUUCACGCCGGGCAGGAAUGCGCUGGAGAACAUGGCAGACUGCAUCCAGCAGAGCUGGGGCUUCGUGCAAAGCCGGCGGUGGCUGCUGGAGGCCGACUGUCCCUCUUGGGCUCCUGCCUGGAGGGGAAGCCGGUCAUCCCGGUCCUACUGAGGGCCUGCCGGGACCCGCUGCACCUCGGCCUGACCUACCUGGAGGCUGCAGACAGCCGACUCUACCCGAAGGUGGCGCAGCUCCAGUGCCUCCCCAGCCACUGUGUGGCGCGCCCCGGCCCUGCGCUCGGCCCCCACCCUCUACAGCGGGGAGACCCUGCUGACCCUGGACUGCGUCAACAGGGGCAACCUGCCCUCGUGGAAGGUGGGCACCUUCAGCACCCUGGGUGCUGGAGGACCCCGAGGUGUACAAGCGUGCCGUGGGCAUCGUGAACGGUGCUCCGUCGCCCGGGUCCUGCCUGCGGUACCGGGGCUGCAGGAUCACACUUGGCAUCGUCCUGACUCUUCUCUCCUUGGCAUCACUGUUCCUCCCCUUACUUUUAGGGCUCAGGGAACGCCACCCAGCUCAGCGGUUCCUCCUGAUCACCGCCAAUGCAUUUUCCUGCCCCUUCCUCAUGGUCUUAAGUGCUAACACCCUGCGCUGGUUCCGAAGGUUUUCUAAGAGGAAGAUGCGGGAGCUGGUCCGCAGAGCUGGGGAGGCCAGCCUGCUGCUGGCGCCGCAUUUGGCGCUGAUGGGCUGUGAGAUCAGAAACAGACUCUGCUUUGUGUAUGCGCUGCUGGGGGACUGCAGGCGGGCCCUCCUGGGCGCCCCCGAGGGCGAGGCCCUGUUGCAGGAGGCCCCACUGCAGUUCUCGUCCGGCUACACCUGCUGCCUGGCCCACGCACACCGCCCCCACCGCGAGGAUGCCACGGGGGCCCCAGGCCACGUGGAGCUGGGCCUGUGCUUCUGCCAGUUCAUCUGUCUGUAGCUGAAGAGACUCGGGGGGCUCGGGGUUAAACCCGUGUGACGGCUGGAGGGCAGGGGCCGGGCCUCUUGCUGCAUGUCCGGUCACCCCUGGGCGGGCCCUGCGGACAGGGCUGCGCUGAGCCCUGGCUGGUGUGCACAGGCCUCUCCCCUUGGUUCCCUGUGCUGAGCGUGGCGGCCUCAGGCCCCUGCGUCCUGCCAGGCCAGAGCAGUACUGAUUGCAGACCAGGUGCCCUUUCUGCUCGUGGCCUCCCCUCUGGCUCCACCCCAGCUCCUGAACUGCAGACCUGGUGGCUUCUCCUUCCCCUUCGGGCGGAGGGCGUGCCUGGGGCUGCAGCGACGCCCCCUGGAGCAGGUGGGGUCCGUCCACCAGCGCUGCCCCUGAAAGCUGGCUCCGCUUCUGUUGACGCUGUUCAUCCCCAAGAGAGCAGCCUUGGAGCGUGAACUGGUUCUGGGUGCGGGGAUAGCCGGGCAACCUGAGAGUCCUGGCUGAGCGGUGUGGCUCCCAUCGCUCUGUGCCCCCAGGGGAGCAGGACUCUGGCCGGUGUCCCCAGAGGUCCCUACGCACCAGGGCAGGACGUCGGAGGUGCAUAGUGGCCCUGGGGCUCUGUCCUGGGCCUCAGUUUACCGAUCUGUAGAUGAGCAGCUGGCAGAAGUUCCUGGCCCUCCUCGGGGAGCCCCUGGCCCGCGGCCAGGUGCUGUGCUGGCGAGAGCUUAGCUAAGCCCAUGCAUGGUAUAGUGGCCCCACAGCCACUUCAUUUGGCCGGCAGCCUUGCAGUCAGCAAGUGAAGGUCGCGGACAGCAGCCCCAGAGUCACAGGCCAGUGCAGACUCCUGAGGGGCCUUCCCAGCAGCCCUGUGAGCCACAGCGUCCUCCUCCCUGGCCUGCCUUCCCCUGGCGCCCCUGAGAUGAGACCCCCCAGGGUGGACCGAAACCCCACUCUUGUGGUUUGAAUUGACCAAUCCGGCCCAGCCCAGGGACCCCAAAGCACUGCCCCCGUGGACCCUGAUGCAAGCUCGUGCUGCCUGCCUGCCUGACCU